AUGUGGCUGCGCACCAGCACCAAGCCUGGCCCCAUCGAAUCCGUGCUGACCGCGCCGGGAUUUAAGCGCUGGUCCAGCUUGACCACCCAGCUGGGCACCUUAGGUUUGAGCUGCUGGCUCCUCUCGGGCUAUGGUGCCGCCUCGCUGCCAGUGUGGUACUUCGGCUUCUCAUCAGCCGUGGCCUACAAGCUGGUGAGGUGUUGCCACGACGAGAGCGUGUCCCAGGGCGUGCCCCAUUGCUAUAAGCCGGCGGAUGACGAUAUCAGCAAGGUCGUAGAGAAGGCCUGGGCCUCGAGCUCGGGCUUCGCGCUGAGGACCCUGGAGCAAUGGAGGUCAUUCGCUGACGAAGUCAUGGGCGCGUCAGCGGGCAAGAAAGACACCAAGAAGAAGAAGAAGGACAAGAAGGAGAAGGGCAAGUGA